UCUUCUUGUUCAUAGCGACUUUGCUCUUCAGCACAGCCGGUCUCUUUGAACGAAGCCGGAUCGAAGCUCUAGCACUCUCUACAUCCCCAAAAUGGUUCAUUCAGUUAAACCGAUAUCCAGCCCCGUCCCAGACGCUUGGUAUCCAACGUUAGCUGUGCUCAUGCUCGCCGUCGGUCUAGUCAUCACCGCUUCUUUCUUUAUCUAUGAAGCAACCUCUUCUAGGAAAAGCCGUAGUCUUGCUAAGGAACUCGCAACAGGGGCAGUGGCAUCGGUCUUUUUGGGCUUUGGAUCCUUGUUCUUGCUCCUUGCUUCGGGUGUCUAUGUUUGAUUUAACGAUGGAUUUUUGUAUCGGGAUAUGGAAGUUUAAGAGUGUUUACUAAUUUGCAUCUUUUAGAACUACAUUAUAUGUUCUCUACUGAGUUGUCUGGCAAUUCUAUUCCAAUAUAUUGAUGCGAACUUUUCGAUUUACAUUUGUGCAUGUUGAUAUUUUCGAUCACGGUACAUUUGAUCUUCCUUAAGGCGUGUUGGGUACACAGACAUGAUUGGAUAGACAGACAAAUGAGUUUAAUUUUAAAUGGGCAGUUCAGUAA